AUGUCGGACGUACCGAGCGACGAAGAAGACUCAAGAACGGCCUCUUUGGCCGCCCAGCGCAACCGCGGAACCGCAAGCGCAAGCAUCAGCAACCAUUCCUCUCGACACACCUCGCGCGAACCGCCUAGCAAGCGACGACGACGCGGUCGCGGCAAACAAGAUGCCGAUGUACAGGACUUUGUCCCGAACGGCGCGAAAUUCAGCGCAACUGGGUUAGAGGUUGAUCCGGAGACCGAUAGUACAUCCUCGUCUGGUUCGGAGUCUUCGUCUGGGAGCGAGAGCGAGAGCGAGGACGACAAAGAGCCGGCGUCUGAUAGACGAGAUGGAGGAUUGAGUGCGCCGGCGCCCAACUGGAAUAAAACGGGCAAGAGCGUGAUAAGGACGUCAUUGCGGGCGAAACAAGCUGCCAAGGCGAACGCGAAUGGAAACACGGACUCAGAGUCUGCGGCGGCGAAAAAAUUCGAGGCUGUGAAUGGGGCGUAUUGGCGGAGUCGAAGUUCAUCUGCAUCGCCGCGCCGGGAUGGAAAGGAUAUGGUAGAAGAAGGAGAGAUUGAGACGGCGGCAAACGGGGACAAUGACACCCAGAUGGAGGAGGGCGAGGUCAACGAGGCUCAAGAAGUUUCUGCGGACUCUCAGUCAGACGACUCCGAGUCCCUAGAUUCAGAAGCCGAUGAUUCCAUCAUGUUGAAUAUUGGCUCGCGGGGCCAGGAUCGCAGCCAACACGACGUUAUCCACAUUUCAGAUGACGACAGCGAGAGCGAGGCCGACGGAUACGAUCCUGAAUCUCUAUCGACAUCACAGACACCAGCCACGGCUGGCAUCUUGGACUACUCAAACACGAACGGGAUAAAUGGCGAUUCUACAACCAACGCGGAGUCAAAGGAGAGUGCGCUUCUUCAAUUUGCGCGAAAAUACCCCGCCACGCCCUCUAUCCUUGCAGAUCUGAACCGCGAGGAUAUGGAAUUACAAGCCAAGAUUGUGUUCUACAACCGUGAUAUCAACGAUAUCAAUCUGCAGCUGCCGAUUAUGUGCAUGGAAUGCAUGCGGGAGGGCCACCUCGCUGAGGUCUGUCCUGCCAAGGAGUGCGUCCACUGCGGUGCGUGGAACAAACACCAAAGCAGCCUCUGUCCCAACUUCCGCCGGUGCCAGCGCUGCCGCGAACGAGGCCACGACGCAAAACAAUGUCCCUCGUCCCUGAAGAGCUCAGCGUCCGAAAUCCCCUGCGAUCUAUGCGGAUCCUCUGCCCAUCUCGAAUUCGACUGCGACUUUCUAUGGAAGAUGCCAAAUCAAGAUACAACGGCCGCACCGGCCGUGGUAUCCAUCUCCUGCGCCCACUGCACAAGUAAUCGCCAUUUAAUAGGCGACUGUCCCUCUCUUACCCGCCCUUUCCUUUCGUCAUCCUUCACAGUCCGCGGGAUCGACCCGAAUUUGAUCACGAAUAUCAACUCUGUUGUGAAACCCAGGCGUGGCGGCGCGCCGAUUGGUCCGUCUAGUGGCCAACGCGGCGGUGGCUUGAAGAUCAGAGGUCGCGCAGAUCACUUCGUUCGUUCCCCGUCGCCUGAUAGCGACGACAUGAUUUCCAUGUCCAUGCCGCGUGGUGGGCCCGGGAGAAGAGGCGGCCCCGGUGGUAACCGGAACGCCAACAGGGGGAAUAUCAACAUCCGGAUUGGUGGGAAUAAGAGCAAUGGUGGUCCGCCGCCGCCGCCGUCGAGAGACUAUCGCGACCGUGAAGACUACCACAGAGGUGGCUAUAAUUCUCGACAGCGCUCCAUGUCUCCUGGUCGGGAUAGGAGGCCAAGUCGUGGGAGAGGGAGGGGUGGACAGCAGCCACCUAGAUCGCCUCCGCGAGGCCAGGGUCGCCCUCCCGGGCCGUCUGGGCCGUCUCGUGGCGGAAGAGGUAAUGGUAGAGGUGGUGGCCGGGGAGGACGAGGAGGCGGAGGUGGAGAUGCGUACCGUCCCAUGCCGAGUGCGGCCAAGAAGGCCUGGGAUAAAUACCGCCUUUGA